GAAUUUGGUAUUGGUAGACGUGUACAGAAGAUCGAGUCCUAGGAAGGACAAUCGUAGUCUCAUAGAUAGAGUCAGUCCAUAAUGGCAGCUUAUGCAGCACUUACCUCUCUUGUUACCACAAUCACCAUUGACCAAAACCCUAAUUUCUUCCCUCCUUCCGCAACAAAACUCCUCGAAUCGCUCCGCCAAACCGCUCUUUUCCUGCAACAAUUCCUCGAGGGAGACUGCAACAAUGGCGCCACACAUUUGGAGGCUCGAAUUGCAGAUGCAGCACACGCAGCAGAAGACGCCAUCGAAUCAAACAUCGCAGAUCAAAUUCUUUCCGGAUCCACAGUUCAAAAUCAGAACGGAUCUGACCUCCUCUGUCCAGAUCUGCAGAAAGCAAUCGAAGCCAUGGAUUCCAUCAAAUUCGAGGCUAUUCAGAUUAAAAACGAAGAAGCCAAUGUAAGUCAUCUCCAAGUUCCUAAAACACCAAUUCCUUCUGCAUCUCGUCCAAUUGAGAAAACUAAUCGAAUGGUAGCGUUUGAGGAUGAAAAGCUGCAGAUCAUGGCAGAACUUGCAAGCUCAAAUCCUUCCCGCCAGGUAAUCUCCAUUGUUGGAAUGGGUGGGAUAGGUAAAACCACCCUUGCUAGAAAUGUUUAUGAUGAUAAGCUCAUUGUCGAAUAUUUUCAUGUUUCUGCUUGGGUUACAGUAUCUCAAGGUUACGAUUUAGGAGAAAUUCUAACCGAAGUUCUUUCGAGCCUAACUAACCAAGAAAGAAAUAAAAACGUAGCUACUGAUUACAACUAUUUAGGCGAAAAAGUGCACAAGAGUUUGUCAGGAAAGCGAUAUUUGAUUGUGCUCGAUGAUAUUUGGAGUCUCGAAUGUUGGUAUAGCUUAAGAAGGUUCUUUCCGGACAAUGACAAUGGAAGUCGGAUUUUGGUAACUACUAGGAUGUCAAAUUUAGCAAAUGAGAUAUGCUCUUUUAACCUGGUAAUGAAAUUCCUCGACGAGAAUGUGAGUUGGGAUUUGUUUUGCAAAGAAGUGUUCUUACAAGAAAGUUGUCCUCUCGAAUUCAAAGAGAUUGGGAUGAAAAUUGCACGAAAUUGCAAAGGCCUUCCUCUUGCACUUGUCGUGAUUGGAGGGCUUCUUAAGAAAUCGACGAUGGGAUUGGAGCAAUGGGAGCGAGUUGCACGGGAUGUCGGCGCAGCUAUAUCUUCGGAUCCUGACGAUCCUUCAAUGGAAAUAUUAUCUUCGAGUUAUGCUUACUUGCCGGUUCAUUUAAAGCCUUGUUUCCUUUAUAUGGGAAUGUUUCGAGAAGAUCAAGAAAUAAGUGUAUCCGAGCUUUCCAAGCUAUGGAUUUCCGAGGGAUUUUUAAAACCCGUAAUAGGUAAAAGUUUCGAAGAAAUUGCUCGAGAUUCCAUUAAAGAACUCGUUGAAAGAAAUCUUAUUUUGGUUGAUAAAAUUGGAUCGAGUGGAAGAAUCAAAUCGUGCAAAAUGCAUGACCUCAUGAGGGAUCUAAGCUUAAGGGAAGCCUUGAAAGAGAAGUUUUUAUUUAUGGUUCGGGGACAAAACCGCGACAUUUCCCAUGUCGCGAAUGCCCAACGACGUAUCGUUUUUUAUCAAAGUUCUUUAACAAAGGACGAGUGUCACAAGAUCUUUGAUUCCUUGCUAUCGUCGUCGCCGCGCGCCCGUACUUUGAUAUGCCAUGAUGUCAUCACAUUGCCUGCUAUUGUGCCUAUAUUGCUAAGGGUGUUGAAAGUGGUUCGUCGUUAUCCGUACGGCGAAUUUAUCCCAGGAUUCGCUUUUCAGUCGGUUAAUCUACGCUACCUUGACGUUUCGGAUGAUUAUUGGGAUCGUAUGUCUGAUUUUCUUGACAAAAUUAGAAACAUACAAUCGAUCGAAGUGCACGGGCCGCGGGGACCAACACUUGCGCCGUGUCAUUUAUGGGACAGAAGACAACUUAGGCAUGUAAAGUUCGAUAGAGUCGUUCUUCCUAAUGUUUGGCCCCGUAAGAAUCGAAUUGUAUUGGAAAAUCUUCGAACGCUGGCGGAUAUUAUAAAUUUCGGUUGCGGUGAAGAGAUUCUCGCGAAAAUUUCGAAUAUCACGAAGCUGAGCAUUAGCUACAACAGCGAUUCCGAUCAGUUUCCUUACCAUCUUCGAAAUCUUGUUGGUUUCAAGAAACUUGAGUCGAUUUGUUGCUUUGGGUUGAAUCGAGACGUGUUCAUACAGAAUUUUGCGUUCCCGCGAUCGCUGAAGAAGUUGAAAUUAUUCGGAUGUCGAUUGCUUUGGGAAGAUAUGACGAUGAUCGGAUCUUUGCCCCGUCUUGAGGUGCUGAAACUAAUUUCAUCUUUCGAAGGACCCGAAUGGAAUCCCGUCGAGGGGGAAUUUUCGUGUCUGAAAUUCUUGCUCGUUCGAUCCUGCCACGAUCUUUUACGCUGGAAUGCGGAUCGUUGUCAUUUUCCGCGGCUUGAAAGUCUUGUUCUUGAGAGUUUACCGAACCUAGAGGAGGUACCGUUAGAUAUUGGAGAAAUACCGACGCUUCGCUCGAUUAGAUUGAAAUAUUGCAGCGAGUCAGUUGUUGUGUCCGUUAAGAAUAUAGUCGAGGAACAAGAAAGCUUCGGGAAUGUAUUCCUCGAGGUCAAGAUCUUGGAUUCCCUUUUCGGGUGAGUCGACGAGCGAAAACAUCGGCUAAAUCGCGGUGUGGAAAUCUUGCAUUUUUCUGGGUGUGACUUUGGCUGCAAUGCUCUUUUGUAACAAUACGGCUAUGCAGAUUGUUGGUGGACUUCUGUUUGUUUGUAAAUAAAUAAAUAAAUAAAUGAUAUAUAUCCCUAUCA